CACCGAAUGUACCAGAGUCAUGCCGAUAAUCCUACCUUUUCUGAUGAUAGUCGUAUUCGAAUCACACGGCCAGGAAAGUUGUGAAUGGGGGAAGUAUGGUGAAAACUGCAAGAAUGAUUGCUCUCUGAACUGUUUCACCAACCCAGACAGAAACCUCAAACACUGCCACAAGGAGACAGGGAGAUGUUCUGAGGGGUGUGUGCCGGGGUGGUUCGAUGACCUUUGUGAUAAAGCUUGCAGCAAGAACUGUAAGGGGGGCGCCUGUAAUUACCAAAAUGGCAUCUGCACGAACGGUUGUAGUGGAGAUUACAAAGGGCAGUUUUGCAACGUUGCUCAAGGCACGUCGGCGACACCACCCAGGGAAUACAGCACAUACACAUCGUCGGCAGCACCGAGUGAAUCCAACACAGAGACAACACCGGACCUGGCUGCGAUACUUGUCCCUGUGUUCCUCAUCCUGGUUGUUGUCCUCGCUGUGGUGGUGUUUCUACUGUAA